CUCAGAGGUGUGUAGCGUUAAUCUCGUUAAUCAUUGAGGGAAAAAGUCAAAAACCAACAAAAAUACAGCAAAAAGUCGAUUCUGAAAGUGUAGAGAGAGAGAGAGAGAGAGAGAGGAGAGAGAGAGGGCUUCUCUGCCGUCUGCAGUGGAUACAUUAAUUUAUCAGUGGCGGUUGUUAAGCCCAGACAACCAUGAGCGGGAAUAACGCAAUCUCCAUUUGAAAAACAAAGCCCCAAAGUUAGGGUGAGAGAGAGAAAGAAAAAACAUAUAUAUAUAUAUAUAUAUAUACAGAGAGAGAGAGAGAGAGAGAGAUUUUAGUCUAUAGAGUCUAGACAUUCAGACUUUUCUCUGUUGUCAAAUUUUGAAUACAAAUUGGUGGAAGAAAUAUCUUAAUGUCAGUCCCAACAGAUUGGACAGUUCUCUAUUCUUCUAUAUCGUCUACGUUGUUGCUGUCAUUCCACAGAAACCAAUUGAAGGAUUGAUGGGUGAAAUUGAAGAUGAAGUGUCUGUGAAGAGAUACUGAUUGUUCCUUCUCUGGAGUUCAAGAUGGACAGAAGGAGUUGGCUGUGGCGGAGAAAGUCUUCCGAGAAGAGUCCCGGUGAAGCUGAAAGUUCAGGAUCAAUGUCAUCUCAUUCUGAUAGAUUCUCUGAUGAUCAAGCAUAUUCAAGCCAUCUUACUCAAUCACCAGAAGUCACAUCUAAAGGUGCUACAAGUGAUGGAGAAGUUAAUGAUAGUGUGAAGACUCUAAAAGAUAAACUGUCAGCAGCUCUUCUUACAAUUAGUGCCAAGGAAGACUUGGUAAAGCAGCAUGCCAAAGUUGCAGAGGAAGCUGUCUCAGGAUGGGAAAAGGCUGAAAGGGAGGUGUUCACUUUAAAGCAACAACUUGAGGCUGCAACUCAGAGGAACUCUGCCCUUGAAGAUCGUGUUGGCCACCUUGAUGGAGCACUCAAGGAGUGUCUAAGACAGCUUCGACAAGCAAGAGAAGAGCAAGAGCAGAAGACCCGUGAAGCUGUUGCCGAGAAAACUCGUGAAUGGGAAUCUACGAAGUCUGAACUCGAGAGUCAUCUUGUGGAGCUUCAGUCCCAACUGCAGGUGUCUAGAACUGAAGCUUCCAUCUCUGUUGAUGCUAAUCUUAAUCCUAGACUUGAGGCUGCAGAGAAAGAGAACUCAGCCCUCAAGCUUGAGCUUCUUUCUAGAGCUGAGGAGCUACAACAUAGGACUAUUGAGAGGGACUUGAGCACCCUAGCCGCUGAAACAGCUAGCAAGCAACAUCUGGAGAGCAUAAAGAAGGUGGCUAAGCUUGAAGCUGAGUGCCGCAGGCUAAAAGCUGUUGCUCGCAAAGCAUCACCUGGUAAUGAUUACAGGUCUUUUACUGCUUCGUCAGUUUUUGUUGAAUCUUUCACAGAUAGCCAAUCAGAUAGUGGGGAGAGGCAACUGGUUGUUGUUGAAACCGACACCCGCAAGAUGGGUGGAAUGGAGCCAAAUGAGUGUGAGCCAAGCCAUUCUGAUUCAUGGGCAUCUGCUUUGAUAGCAGAGCUUGAUCAAUUUAAGAAUGAGAAAGCUCCUGGAAGAACACUUAUGGCCCCUUCAAUUGAGAUUAAUCUCAUGGAUGAUUUCCUCGAAAUGGAAAGGCUUGCAGCAUUACCUGAGACAGAAAGUGGAAGCUGUUGUGCUGAGUCAGGAGCUUCGUUAGAUCAAUCCAGUGGUGGGGUAGGGCCUUUAAAAGCUGAUCUUGAAGCCAUGAUCAAUCGGACAGCUGAACUGGAGGAGAAAUUGGAGAAGAUGGAAGUGGAGAAAGUGGAACUGGAUAUGGCUCUACAUGAGUGCCAGAAUCAGCUUAAUACAUCAAGGAAUCAAUUAAAGGAAGCAGAGAUGGAGUUGGUAGAGCUGCAAACUCAGUUAGCUACAGCAAAUGAAGCAAGGAGAGCAACUGCGGGAGAACUCGAGGCUAGUGAUUCAAAGAGAGAAGUGGCAGAGUCACGACUCAUAGUUGCAGAAGCUGAUAUAAAAGCAUUGCUUUUGAAAGUUGGUUCCUUGGACAAAGAAGUUCAAAGGGAAAGGGAUUUGUCAGGGAAAUCUGUCUCCAAGUGUCAGAAAUUGGAAGAGGAGAUCUUGAGAAUGAAACGUGAAGUUGAGCUCCGAAAUGCAGCAAGUUCUAGUGAAAUGUUGAAAAUAAAGCAGGACGAUGAGUUAGCGGUGGCAGCCAGUAAAUUUGCAGAGUGCCAGAAAACUAUUGCAGCUCUUGGCCAACAGUUGAAAGCUCUUGCAACACUAGAAGACUUCCUAAGCGACUCAGAUAAGUCGUCGGAGCUCCCUAUUGAAGGAUCGCAGUUUCCUGAAGAUGGUGCAGAAUCACAGAAAUUGGAUUCUAGUGACUUGUACACGUUACAAAGAGAUGUUGAAGCUUCAAAGCUAAUUAAUGGUAAUUCAGGUCCUUUAAAAAAUAGUAGAGACGGAGAUUCAUUGUUUUUAGGGAGCCCGGCCAUCAUCACUUCUGAAAAGAAUCAAAAUGGGUGUAGGGAGUUUCUCCCUAGGAUUAAGAGCGGGAGUUGAAAUGAAAACAGUGAGAAUAGAAAAAGUGAAAUGGAAAAUAUGUUUCGGGCUUGCAAUUGUGAAGCAUGUAGUGUACUUUUUGUUAGCAAGGCACAGAAAAUAUUUGUGAAUUAGCAGUUGUAUUUAAACAUAUGGUGUCUCUUUGGGAACUCAGAUAGGAGAAAGAAGAAAAAAUGAUUUAUAAACCUAAAAAAUGAAAUUGUAUUCUUCUGUUUAUAUUUUAAAUUACUCAGCUGUGUUUCUGCUUUUA